CUUAUCGAACAGAUAUCGUCGGAGGAUAACGAUUGCUCUUCCGAGAUAAUUCGGGGAAAUAGCAGGGAGACAGUGUCCUGUGUAAAUGGAGUUGAGGCUCGGUUCGGAAAUGAACUCGCUUUGUGAGAAUGAAGGCUAUCCGCCCUGGGAUCCUGGAGAUUCUGCAUGUUCCGUGUCAGCCACAAAGCCUGACAGUGGCAAAACGUUUUUGAUAAAUGGGGAUUCUAGAGCUGAUCAGGAUGAGCUUCCUGCGUGGAAUGGACCUAUUCCGAGAUAUGUUGACGACAUGGACACCCACCUGGAACUUUUGAACGAAGUCGUUGAGAAGCAUACUUAUGUUCGGAACACCUCUGCUGCUACGGCUCACAACGUCAACAUGAGCGAUUUUGCUGGCUCACUGGAGUUCUGCGCUAGUAUUACCAAUCCUGAGGAAGAAAAGUCGACGCCCAGCAGUGGCAGCGCGGUGUGGUCAACCGAAACCAGGAAGCUCUACGUGAAGAUGGGUUACGGUUGUCGGGUUUACCUGAGCUAUUCGAAAACCAUAAACCGUCUGCGUGUGAGAAUCGUGCCGGUAUUCCUUGAUGUGAACUCCUGCGAAACCCGGGUUGCUGCGCGGUGUUCGAAGCACCGCGAUCCAGACCACAAGUCCAACGAAAAUCAUCCGUCUCCAGAACAUGUUGUGAUGGUGACAGAGGAUCCGAAUUGGCCAGUUACAUAUCGUUGUACUGGUUCGGAGUUGUCGGUUUUGUGCGAACUGGGCUCGAUCCUCACAAAGCCCUUAAAGCAUCUUGACGUCCACUUCAUGUGCCUUAGCUCUUGCGAGUUCGACAACGUGCGGAAGCGCAAAUCCAAGCUUUUUGGAAUUAUUUUCUUUCUGGAGGACGAGCGCGGAGUGAUUCUCGGGAAGUCGACACUGCGAGUUCGCGUCUGUUCUUGUCCUGUGCGAGACAUGAAGAAUGAAGAAGCUGAUUCCAGUGGCACAUCCCAGCAAUCGAUCAAGAGGGCAUCCACGGAUUGUGGAGGAGGGGCCGAGUCCAAGCAAUUUCGGGCGAAUGAGGGUCGUCCGUUUUAUUUGGACGGAUUGGAUGCUGAGGUUGCAUACAAACUGUCCCGAUUGCUGCCAGUUCCAUGCGACGAAAAUGACGUUGGCUCUCGCAAUUUUUUAUACCCGGAUAGUUAAAAAGCCCGGACAACCGCUGAAACAUGAUUUGUGGCAAAAACCUUGUGUAUUUAUAUUUCGCUGAACGAAUCGAGAAUGAAAUGGAAUUGGAUGAUUGAAAA